CCCCGUCCACCUCGCCUCCACCCCUGCCAAACCCAAAACCCUAGCGCUCGCAUUCCCCCCACCCCUCGCUCACCAGUGACCACCACCCAUGGCGUCCAUGUCCCCGGUGACGCCCGCGGCGGCCGAGCCCAGGCGCUCCACGCGCCUGCUGUCCAACACCAAGCCGGCCGACGCCGACGCGGAGGCCGAGGUCGAGCGCGAGCGCUCGACGUCGCGCGGGGGCAAGCGCCGGCGCAAGGCGGCUAGGCAGAGCACAGGCGCCCGGAAGAGAGCAGCCAAGGGCAAGAGGAAGGAGCCGGAGUCGGCGGGGGCGAUGGAGGUGGACGAUGCCGGCAGCGGGAUCAACGACGACAUGUACCCGGAGGAGCCGGACUCGGAGGAGAUGAAGUUGAUCGAGGAGGAGGAGGAGGCCGCGCUCGAAGCGGAGGAGCAGGCCGAUCAUGGAGGGGAGGGGUCCGCGGAGACGACUGGCGCCACGAAGAGGGUGGCCCCGCCGCGCGCCGAGGGGAGGCCGGAAGGCUCGGCGGACCACUUCGUGGGCGACACUGUGCCGGACGACGAGGCCAGGCGACGGUGGCCGCACCGCUACGCAACCAAGGAUUCUGAUUCACGCGCUAGGCGAUCUAAUGAUCCGGAGGAGGAAAUUGGCGCUCGAUGCCACUACACAUCUGCAUGUGUGGAUGAUGCAAUCUUCAACCUCAAUGAUGAUGUCUAUGUGAAGGCUGGUCCCAAUGAGGAAAAUUACAUUGGCCGGAUUACAGAGUUUUUUGAAGGAACCGAUCAUGGCUUAUAUUUCACAUGCCGCUGGUUUUUCCGUGCCGAAGAUACGGUCAUCUCACCCAACUUGCUAGAGGUCCAUGAUCAUGAACAUGAUCAGAAGCGUGUUUUCCUUUCAGAGGAAAAGAAUGAUAACAUGAUUGAGUCAAUAAUAUCUAAACUAAAUAUCAUUUAUGUUGACCCAAGUAAGACACCUCAAGAAAGAGAUCAGUUAAUAUCAAAUUCUGAUUUGUAUUACGACAUGUCAUACUCAGUUGCGUAUUCAACAUUUGCAAAUAUUCCAGCAGAAAACGAUGGUGCAACAGAUAGUGAAGGAGCAUCAGAUAUUUCCUGUGAAGAGGGGAAACCAGUGGCUGACCCUGUGGCAUCAUCUGGUGCACGAAGGGAAACAGCAACUCUGCUGGAUCUUUACUCUGGUUGUGGUGCCAUGUCAACCGGGCUUUGCCUGGGUGCUGCAUUGUCCGGCAUCAAACUAAAUACUAAAUGGGCUGUAGACAUGAAUGAAUAUGCUUGCAAGAGUCUAAAGCAUAACCAUCCUAGCACCCAGGUACGAAAUGAGAAGGCGGAAGAUUUUCUUGCGCUCCUCCAGCACUGGAAUGCACUCUGUAAGAAGUAUGUCGUCCACAGUAGCAACUCUUCUGGCUCUGACCUGGCUCAGAUGUCAAAUGAUGACGAAGGCGAUGAAAACGAAGCCCUACCAAAUGAUCUAUUUGAGGUAGAGAGGCUUCUUGAUAUAUGCUAUGGCGAUCCUAAUAAAACCGGAAAAGAUGGCCUGUGGUUCAAGGUGCGGUGGAAAACAUAUGAUCCUAGUUAUGACUCAUGGGAGCCAAUUGAUGGACUCAGCGAUUCCCCUGAGUGUAUUAAGGAAUUUGUUCAGAGAGGAUAUAGGGAAUCUAUUUUGCCCUUGCCUGUUCUCCCAAAAUUCCCGCUUCCGACCCAUGAUGUUGUUAAGCGAGGAGUUGUACCCAAUGCAUUUUCGCAAUGUCUUGUUGCAUAUGAUGAAAUAGACGACAAACGUUUAAAGAAAGCUCUUGUCCUUCAAGAUGCACUAUCUGAUUUACCAAAGGUUCCAAACUAUCAACCUAAUGAUCUCAUGGAAAAUCGCAUUAACCCCAAAACAGAGUUCCAGCGCUACAUCCGGCUCAGCCGUAAAGACAUGGAGGGUUACUCAUCUGGAGAUGCUACUCCUAGUCCUAAGGCAUGUCAACUGUUUGAUCAUCAACCGCUAGAGUUAAGCACUGAUGAUUAUCAAAGAGGCGCCAACUUCCGUGAUUUGAAGGGUGUCCAGGUGCCUUACUAUGCCAUGACCUACAUCAAGGGGAAAUCACCGAAACCAUUCGGACGCCUGUGGUGGGAUGAAACUGUUCCAACAGUUGUCACCAGAGCUGAGCCUCACAACCAGAUUAUCUUGCAUCCCAACCAGCAUCGAGUUCUGACCAUCCGUGAAAAUGCACGGUUACAAGGCUUUCCAGAUUAUUACAGGCUCUUUGGCCCUAUAAAGCAGAAAUAUAUUCAGGUUGGCAAUGCGGUUGCUGUUCCCGUUGCUCGAGCUCUGGGAUAUUCCCUUGGACAGGCUUACCGUGGUGCACUGGUUGGAGAGCAGCCACUGUUCAAGCUGCCUGAGGAUUUUGCUUCUGUGGGUCAAGCAGCAGCCACAGUAUCACCUGUAGGAGUAGUGGAGAAGUAG